AUCUGGCAGCAUUUGUUUGGCGAAAGAAGCCAACAAGCGCGGUGAUUUUUCAUGAUUGUGCUCUGAUAUUAAACACAUUCUGAUUGCAAUUACAAUAAUAAAGUAAUAAAUAAAUAAUAAAAAGUAUUAAAAACAUUAAAGAGCAGCAGUCAAAUUUUGCUGCAUUGUUUGCGUUUUGGGUGGAGGUUGUAGGAUUGUGUGCAGCUAAUCUUGUUCCACCAAGGAAAAUCGGUGUAAAACGUGAGACAACCGCUGCAAAAUAUACCAAAAAGAGAAGUUGCUUAACCACGAGCAGCUGCAUAUCUUUUGGAACACAUGAUUACUGCCCAACUUUGAGAAUCAACGCAACCAAUACCUAACCACUUCAAAUUUUUCGAACUUGCUACAACAAAAACGCCACAAGAUCACCAUCAAAACUCCGCAACACUUGACAGACUCCUCAGCCGCCUUGAGCAGUCGUAACAACAACAACCGCAGUUCCAGUUCCUCUCCUGCCACAGCAACACAUUUCUCAUUUUCAGCAUCGAGCAGCAACAGUAUGACCGAUUAUAGCGAUUUGGAUCGCCAGAUUGAGCAGCUGAAACGCUGUGAAAUAAUCAGAGAAAAUGAAGUAAAGGCACUAUGUGCCAAGGCCCGCGAAAUACUCGUUGAAGAGGGAAAUGUGCAGCGUGUUGAUUCGCCAGUCACAGUGUGUGGUGAUAUUCACGGACAGUUUUAUGAUCUUAAAGAAUUAUUUAAAGUUGGUGGUGACGUACCCGAAAAGAAUUAUCUAUUCAUGGGAGAUUUUGUCGACCGGGGUUACUAUAGUGUCGAAACAUUUCUACUGUUAUUAGCACUCAAAGUACGUUAUCCAGAUCGCAUCACAUUGAUACGUGGCAACCACGAAUCACGGCAAAUCACACAAGUUUACGGAUUCUACGACGAAUGUUUGCGUAAAUAUGGAUCUACGGCUGUUUGGCGCUAUUGUACCGAAAUCUUUGACUAUCUCAGUCUUUCGGCUAUCAUUGACGGAAAGAUAUUCUGCGUGCAUGGUGGCCUGUCGCCUUCAAUACAGUAUUUAGAUCAAAUAAGAACGAUUGAUCGCAAGCAAGAGGUACCUCAUGAUGGACCCAUGUGUGAUUUAUUAUGGAGUGACCCUGAAGAUCAGACGGGUUGGGGCGUGUCACCACGAGGAGCUGGCUAUUUAUUUGGUUCAGAUGUUGUGUCGCAAUUUAACCGCACCAACGACAUUGAUAUGAUCUGCCGCGCCCAUCAAUUGGUCAUGGAAGGAUUCAAAUGGCAUUUUAAUGAGACUGUACUAACGGUUUGGUCGGCGCCGAACUACUGUUAUAGAUGUGGAAAUGUGGCAGCAAUUUUGGAAUUAAAUGAGUACCUGCAUCGAGACUUCGUCAUUUUCGAAGCCGCGCCUCAAGAAAGCAGGGGUAUACCAUCUAAAAAACCGCAAGCCGAUUAUUUCCUCUAAAAAGCACUGGCAAUCUGAUCAAAUUACUGGACAUCAACUCAAAUUGACAUUUUGCGGACUAACUAAUGCAGAGAAACGUUAAUACGAUAUUGCACUGGAGGGAAUAUCAAAUUUCCGGACCUGUUUAGAAAACAACUAGCAACAUUUUGUUAGUAUUUUUACUUCUCUUAGCCUAUUUUACUUUAAGUUAUUUGAGCGUACUUCCUAUGUUAGAACAAAAAUCCUCUUUUAUUUGUCAACACACACUUACCUCUGGAUCAUUCAUUUAUACAACAAAUUCAACCUACUGCCCGUGUUAUGCUUUAGUAUCAAAGUUUUCAAACAAAUCGAAAAUAACGUUGGCGCCCACGGUUAGUUAAAGCGGUGUAAGUUUCCGAUUACUCAGUAGUAUAUACAUACAUAAACAAAUUGUGCGCAAUUUAUACAAAGUUCCAUGAUAUUGAAAUAUGUAUUGCUGAAAAUCGUACCAUAAUAAUAGUAAUUUCAUAUACCGAUAUCAUUUUUUAAAUAAGAAUUAAAACGUAUAGAAAGUAAAA